AUGUCGCUGGGUGGUCCCUCAGAGGUCCUGUGGGCAAUGAGUGGGUAUGCCCAUGUCAUUUACUUCUCCUUCCUACUUCCCACUUUCUUUCUAGUCUGGGUAACUGUCAAUGCCAUCUCUGUGGAAACCCCAACGGGUGUUCUUCGGGCUGCCCGGGGAAAGAGUGUUACCCUUCCGUGCACCUACCUCACUUCUGCCACUGACCGAGAUGGGUUUAUCCAAUGGGACAAGCUUCUAAGGACUCAUACGGAAAGGGUGCUCAUUUGGAAGUUUUUGACCAAAACCUACAUCUAUGGCGAGCUUUAUGAGAACCGUGUCAAUGUAUCGGGCAACGCUGAGCGGUCAGACGCCUCCAUCACCAUUAAUCAGCUGACCAUGGACGACAAUGGCACGUACGAGUGCUCAGUCUCUCUGCUGUCAGACCUGGCUGGCACUUCCAAGUCCCGUGUCCGCCUCUUGGUCCUCGUGCCCCCCUCCAUACCAGACUGCGGCAUUGAGGGAGAGACCGUGAUUGGGAACGACAUCCAGCUGACCUGCCAAUCAAAGGAGGGCUCUCCGGCCCCUCAGUACAGCUGGAAGAGCUACAGCGUCCUGAACCAGGAGCAGCCAGCCCUAGCAGGACAGACCUUGUCUCUGAAGAACAUCUCCACAGACAUGUCGGGUUACUACAUCUGUACCUCCAGCAAUGAGAUGGGAUCGCAGUCCUGCAACAUCACCCUGGCAGUCAGACCUCCCUCCAUGAACGUGGCCCUGUACGGGGGCAUCGCGGGGGGCGUGGCGGCGGCCCUCAUCCUCAUCGGCAUCCUCGCCUACUGCUGCUGCUGCCGGGCCAAGGGCAAGGCCCAGGACGCCGAGGACAACAGGCCGAAUCGCGAGGCCUACCGGGAGCCGUCAGAGCAGAUGGCCGAGCUCUCCAGGGGGCAGGACGCGGAGGACGACUACGAAGACCAGAGGAGCGACGGGCGCCAGUCCCCCGAGCGCGCUGACCCGUGACGGGCCUCCCCGUCCUCUCCGAGCCCGUUUCUGGCCCUCCGUCCCAGUCGCUGAAGGGAUCCUCCGUCCCCGGUGCCGGCUGCCGGAGGACGUGGCGGGGCCUGGCUACGGGGAUCUCGCGGUGACUGACCCCGCCGGCGGCCCUCGCCCGCGGAGUGACCCCCGCCCACCGCCGUGCCUCGCUCGGGGCGCGCCCUCCCGCGGGGCUGGCCGCGCUGAGCCCGGCGCACUCUUGCCGCGGACGCCCCGGAGGCAGUGCAGCCUGGGGAGGGCGCCCUGCUCACCUGCGCGCCCGCACCGGGGAGCCCGGGCAGAGGGUCUGCACGCAAUCCGUUUUUGUUGAGUGAGUGAGAGAAUCAACGAGCUCGUGGAGGACUCCCUAUUACUUAUCCAACUUAAGUGUGAACUCCUUGCUUCGGGACCCACGUGGCCUGGCCUCCAGAUCCCUUUCCAGCUUCAUCUCCCACAGCUUCCCUGUAGGUUCCAGAAGCUCGGGCGAGGGCUGCCUCUGGCUGCGCCGCACGGUCCCUCGUGGGGCCUUCGCUUCCUCUGUGCAGCUGGGAACGCCCAGGCGGCUCCCGUCUCUGCCGUCAACAUCCUACCUGGCCCUUCCGGCCCCUCUCGAAUCCCGGGGAUUCCUGUAACCCGACCCUGAUCUCGCACACUCAGGAACAUCUCCGUCACUGUGGCCGCGCCGGUGGUGAGCCGCGUGGCGCGGCCGUCGAGCACACGUCUUCCCCCGUGUUCGAGUCUGAGCUCCUUGGGGUGGGGCCUGCGCCUCCUCCCCUGCCUUCCCGCGCUCCUGGCCGCAGCCCUCCCCCCCUCCUCCCCUCCUCGCCGGGGCUGAACCCUGCUUAAUUUGGGAAACUGCUUGGA